CCCCUCUCGCACGAGCACAUCUGGGCCCCGCCCCCUCUCGCACAAGCACAUCUGGGACCUGCCACCUCUCACAUAAUGCAUGUGGCUGGGAUCCGGGAUCAGAUAGUCCAACUGUCAACCCGUUUAACAGUUCUGUCCAGCCCCCGAACGCAUCUGCCCCCCCAGUUCUACAACACGGCGUCCUCCAGACGGCGUGCCCUGGUAUGUACGGUGCGGAGUGGAGGUGCCGCACGGAGGAAGCCACUUGGUAGAGCCCAGGUUUCGGUAUGUCGCCGGUGGAGAUGCCACCCAGCUGGCACCCGGCCUGCGGCCCCGGUGGGGCCCAGAACCUGCCGAGUCCAGUGGCCAGAAGCAAUUUCGGCAGAGGUGUUUCCUGUCAGAAAAGGCCAUUUUGUCACAGUUGAAAGGUGGAUUUCCACCUCCUUUUUGACAGAAAAAUUUGGAAACUGAUCAAAAUGGAGCUAGUCCUUCUGCUGCGUACAAUUCCUUAUCCUCUUAAACUUUCACACGCUAUUACACUCUGUUGUAUACCUUUAUAUUAUAUAUUCCCUUAUACUCGGAGAUUAUAUGAUUUAUUAUUCUAUUACCUUUAUCUCAUUAUUCUACUAUCUAGACUUUAGAUUAUGUUACAUUGAAAGAGCUAUAAUCUGAAUAGAGAAAAUACCAUCUAAUAGAAAAGUGUAAUAGAACCGAAAUACUGAAAAAAUAAUGGAUUAUAUUUUUAUAUGAGGAUAUUUUCUCUGUUUAGAUCGCAGCUCUAUGCAAGUGCAAGAGAAUCUAAACCGAGACAAAGAAUCGAUUACACUUUGGUAUUCAAUUCUAUUUUCUCUGUUUAGAUUCUAUGACACACUUUCUCGUUCACCACAGCAGAUCUUGUAUUGUGCUGUUUUACAUUCCUCUUGCUUUCCCAUCUCACGCUGAGAUCUCGCUUAGCUCAUGUUUUCUGUCCUGUUCGAACGCUUCAAACGUAUCAAAAGAGAACGUCUGGCUGCUCCCAGCCGUCCGGCGUUUUCCCCGAAUUUCCAUUCCACCAACAUUCCAAAAUCUCCACUCGUCGUCCCGCUUCGGGGCGAUUUGUGAGAUUGUCCCGACGCCCCAAAGGAGCAGGGACAGGAGGCCGAGUGGCAGGAUGGCAGCCAGAUCAGGAGCCCGUGGGAGGCCUCAGCUGAGGGGCGGGCUGUGGGGGGCAGCCAGGUCUCAGCCUGGAAGAUGAAUCAGGGGAGUGGGGGGCAGUUCACACCAUGCGAGAUGCUGCUUGGGGGAGGGACCUGGGGUCUCUGUUUGCACCGUGCAUGGGCAGGGCGCUGUGUAGGGAUGCAGUGACCACUCUGCCUUUGGGUCUCCUUUGCUAGGUGCCCCCUCCCCAAGGAGGGACCCCCUCUCUCCCACGCCCAGAGUGGGCAUCAUGGCUGGCGGGAAGCAGGAGCUGAAGAGAAGCGUUUCCAUCAUCCCCUGCUUUGUGUUCGUGGAGCUGGUGAUCAUGGCGGGCACGGCGCUGCUGGCGUAUCACUUCGAAUACACCGACACCUUCCCCGUCCACAUCCAGGGCUUCUUCUGCUACGACAGCGCCUACGCCAAGCCCUACCCGGGGCCCGAGGACGCCAGCCGCGCCCCGCCCGUCCUGGUCUACUCCCUGGUCACCGCCGUGCCCACGGCCAUGAUCCUGGUCGGGGAACUGGCUGGAUUUCUCUGCUGGCCGCGGCGGCGUAAGGAGAAAACCAUCGUCUCUGGGGAAUGCUGCUACUUCAUCCCGCUGCUGAGACGCAUCGUCCGCUUCCUGGGUGUCUAUUCCUUCGGCCUGUUCACCACCACCAUCUUCGCGAACGCCGGGCAGGUCGUCACGGGGAACCAGACCCCCCACUUCCUCUCCGUUUGCCGCCCCAACUACACGGCCCUGGGGUGCCAGCUGCCCGGCCCCCAGUACAUCACCGACCGGGGGGCCUGCGCUGGGAACCCCGCCCUGGUCACUGCAGCCCGCAAAGCCUUCCCCUCCAAGGACGCUGCGCUCAGUGCCUACGCCGUGGUCUACACCGCCAUGUACGUGACGCUGGUGCUGGAGGUGCGGGGCUCCCGGCUGGCCAAGCCCACGCUCUGCCUGGCGCUGGCCGGCCCGGCUGCCCUGGUGGGGGUGGUGCGGGUGGCCGAGCACCGAAACCACUGGGCUGAUGUGCUGGCCGGAUUCCUGACCGGGGCCGCCAUCGCCGCCUUCCUGGUCACCUGCGUGGUCAAUAACUUCCGGAGCAAGGCGCCCGCGGCCCAGAAGCCGGCGCCGGCCGAGAGCCUGGCCAGCGUCCCCGGCGUGGGGCUGCCCUGCGUCGAGAGCCCCCUGGAAAAGUUCAGCGUAGCCCAGCGGGUCAGGGACCCCCCAGAAGAGCAGGAUUUCUCCACGCUGCUCACCCGAGGCCUGGAGAGGCAGCUAGCUCGCUCCCUUCGCAUGGGGGGCCACGCUGGGGCGGCUCGGCCCUACGAGAUCACAGAGCUGUGCUCCCAGAAAUCACCUGACCCCCAGCUGUGUCUCUUCCCCACCACCCCCGACGUGCUCAUCCCCUCCCGCUCCGUCACCAGCGAGGGCUGGAGUCGUUAACGACGUCGGUGUUUAAGUGAUGGGCGCCGAGCCGGGGCCGUUCACACCCCUGCGAGUGGCUGGGCCGGACUCACCCCCGCUGGGGUUUCCCCGCCACCGUCACACCUGGAGCCGGACUCACUCCUAUCGUCACACGCCAGGAGUGCGAGGGGAGCCCCGGAGCCGGGGGGGGGGGGAGCUGCUGCAUCGACACCCCAACAUCCAGGGCGAUCGAACACAUCCUGGACCCAUUUCUUCCCCCUUGGGUCGUCCGGCCAGGGCUGGGGAGUCUGCUGUGGAGAACCCCCCCUGCUGGGAUAUGGGGGGCAGGUGCCUGGG